AUGGUGGAUGCGGAGGAGAUAGUGGAUAUGGUGGAUACGGAAGAGAUGGUGGUCAUCAGCAAUUCAUUUCCCCGGGCACUCCUUACGUUCAUCAAAACAAUCCGGACGUUGGAGGAUAUGGUGGAUAUGGUAGUUAUGGUGGAUAUGGUAGAUAUGGUGGUGAGGCACCUCCCAUCCUGGACAGUUUUCAACUCUUUAGAUGAAAUAAAGAAAUGGAUACAAGAAAUAACAAACGCGGAUGGUUUCGUUAUUGUCACCCGUCGAUCAAAGAAAAUCGGGGGAAGAACUGGGAGAGUAUGGCUUGAAUGUGAUUGUGGUGGUGAGCACCAGACUACAGCAACACUUAGAAAAGCCGGAAGCAAAAAAACUGGUUGCCCGUUUUACCUGCUGGCUGUGCGAAACCACCCGUAUGGAACCUGGGAGAUAAAAGACGGGAAAAUUGAACAUAACCACGAACUUUGUGAGGACCUGUCGGCCCACGCGUUUGUGCGAAGGUUUCAUGUUCAGAAAGACGUUCAAAACGUUGUGGCGAAGAUUAUAGCCGAACAAAGACAAGGAUUGACUCCCAUGCAGUCACUAGAAAACAUGUUGAUAAACAACGACUUUAUUUACGAGACACGGGAGGAACCCGGAACAGAGAUCGUAACAGAGAUCUUCUUUCUUCAUCGGUACUCGAGAGACAUGUGGCGUGCAUUCCCCCACGUCAUGCUGAUCGAUGCGACGUACAAGACAAAUAUAUACAAUAUGCCAUUUAUCCAGAUUGUUGGUAUGACGCCUACCAACAAAUCUUUUAUUAUCGCGCAUGCCGUUGUUAGUAAAGAACGGGGUGAUAACUUUGUGUGGGUGCUUGAGAGGGUCAAGUCAAUGUUGGAUGAAUGUAUGGAGCCACGUGUGAUUUUAACGGAUAGGGACCUAGUCCUUAUGGGCGCGUGUGCUAAAGUAUUUGCAGACGCCUCUAGGCUUCUUUGCAGGAGGCACAUACAACAGAAUGUUAUGAAGCACUGCAAGGGUUCCUUCACAGACGAAGACUGGGAUAAAUUUUUGUCAUUCUGGGGGACAUUGAUUGAGUCUCCAUCCAUACCCAUCUAUGAGUACCACUUGCGCAACAUGCGAAAGCGACUUGUGGAGUGCAAACGUUCUAGAGUCUUCAAUUACGUGUACGAUAACUGGCUAAAAGACUAUAAGGAGAUGUUCGUCUUUGCGUGGACCGAUAAAAGGCGCAACUUUGGUAAUCGUACCACAAACAGAGUUGAGAGCCAACACGCCAACUUAAAGAGAUACGUCCUAGAUAGGAGCUCGCUGGACCGUGUAGUUGGUUGUGUAUGGGAUAUAGUUGAGACACAGUUCGGUGAACUAAGGAAGACUUUUCGAGAAAGCAUCGAAAAAAGAAUGAAUCACCACAAACACCCGAUAUUUCAACACCUACUUGGAAAAGUAUCCCAUACAGCCCUUGACUUGUUGAGGGGAGAGGCAAUUAGGAAGCUAGAUGUCUUGGAGCGCUUUCACUCAUCAUGUGGUUGCCAAAUGUGGUACAGCUGUGGGUUGCCCUGUGCUUGUAGGAUAGAAAAGUACAUGCAUGAAGAGCGUCCGAUUCAACUCGAAGACAUAGACAUCUUCUGGCGGAAACUUAACUUCCAAAGUUGUAAAUUGAUAGACAAUGACGUUGACGUGGUCGAAGAGCUAAAUAUUGUUAGACAACAAUUAGACUCGCACCCCCUAGCUCAGCAAAAAAGCCUGAUGUCAAAGAUUAAAGCGGUGAUGCGUGCAACGGUGUUGACUCCAAAGAAAUCUACCAAGAAACCACCAGUUGUCCAACAAAAUACUUGUGGCCGACCAACAACAAAGCAGGUACAACAAAGGUUGGACGAGGCCUCUCGUAUAGAUGAAGAAUUGAGGAGAAGCUCCUUCGGUGAUGCAAACAUGUGCUUUGAAGGUUCCCGACAAAGUAAGUACGAUAAACCUCGCCACAGCUCGUACGUUCCGUCACAGGCCUCUCAACAGUCGGUUAUAAGGUCCCAAAAACCCAAAGCGAGCCUAAGCCGUUCAAAGAGUUUUAAGAAGAAAGUGACACGAGAUGCUCACGGUUUUCCUUUAAUCAUUGGGGACGAAUACGUGGGAAUCAUCAAACAGUUUAAGUAUGCCAUUCCGCCAGUGUUCCAUCCGUACGUUUCGUGCAUACGAGAUGUGAUGCCGGACGGUCAUUGUGGGUUUCGGUCUGUGGCUGUGGGCUUAGGUAUGGAUCAGAGUUCAUGGGGGCUCAUUUGA